AUGUUUCUACCGCACCAUGUCAACGACAGCAAUGCCACCGUCGAGCUUGGAGCUCUCUGCAACCGCACCCCAACGCGCCAGCUCUCGCCCGAGCAAAAGGAAAUGAGUCGCCAACGGUCGCGCAUCUACUACGCCCAGCACAAGGCCAAGGUGCUUGCCAAACUCAAGGCGCGCUAUGACGUACCCAACAAGGCCAUUCGCAGCAUGUCCUAUCAGUCGUCGCCAAGCCUCAUUCGUCUCGAGACAGUAUCGGAAGCACUCUCUCUUGCGUUUAUCCUCAACUAG